UCGCCCGUAAACGCGCCUAUUAAGAGCAUGCUCCCUCGUUGCGAUGGAACCCUAGAUCGAUACCCUAGUCAUCGUUCAUAAUGAUCUCUCUACUCCUUCUCGGCACCGCGAUCCUAGCCGCCUUGCCGGGCAUCAGCUGCGCACCUGUGAAAGACACUAAGUGUGGAUGCGGUAGCUCUUUGCCAGAAGGUAUCGAACUGGACAAGUCUGUAAAUCUCACCAUCAGCAGCUCGAGCGGGGUGGCUACACGCGGGUACCGUCUUCAUCUGCCCAAAUCAUACGACACAAUCCAAAAGGUGCCCUUGAUCUUGUCUUUCCACGGGCGCGGCAAGGACGCAAAGUUUCAAGAAGAACUCUCACAAUUCUCGAACGCGACGUAUGGCUUUGAUGGGAUUUCUGUGUACCCAGAAGGUAUCCCGACCUCGAAAGGCACCCAACAAUGGCAAGGCGACCCAAAUUUCCCCUCGUCCAUCAACGAUGUGGCCUUCACACUAGAGCUCCUUGACGACCUCCAGAAGACCUACUGCAUCGACACGUCUCGGAUCUAUGCCGCCGGCAAAUCUAAUGGAGCCGGCUUUACUGGUGUCCUAGCUUGUGACGCAGAAGCAACAAAACGUAUUGCUGCAUUUGCACCAGUAUCCGGAGCCUUCUACCUCGGCACCGACCAGGAAUUACCGCCCUGCAAUCCAAGCCGUCAUCCCAUCCCCAUCAUGGAGUUUCACGGCUUCAAGGAUACUACGAUUCCAUAUGCAGGUGGCAUCAACACACGAGGCAACGCGAACUCAACGAACAUGGUGACUUGGGUGGAUGACUGGGCCAAGCGGGAUGGGUUUCAGGUCACUGCGAACAAGACGUCGUAUCUGUGCAGCGAAAACAAGAAGGUGACCAGGUACAGUUGGAAUGAGACUGUUGUUCAUUACAACUACACGAACUUGUAUCACGACUGGCCGAGCUCUUUCCCGAACGGCGACACGGUGAAGGCUCUGACGUGCGAAGAGGCGGAAGCAACAAGCAUCAUUCUUGAAUGGUUGAAGAAGUGGAGUUUGUAAGAAAUAGAGAUAAUCGGUCCUGUUCCACUAUUCGGCCAGCAAAACAAUCUGAAUACCUCCAGGGCCCGCCCAAGAUUAUCAAAGGCUUCGAGUUCCUGUGUAACAAGUCAUUGGUAGUUCGACUCUCGAGGUACAUCUUUCAAUAAAGCCGAGAAAACCCACAAUCCGCUUCUGGAAGAUUGUGCGCGCGAUUAAACUCGAAGAUAGAAAGAGGCGACCUGAAGUUGCGCAUGAUUCGAGUCAGCACAUUUUAAUAUGUCAAAUUCUCAGCCUGUCAGUGCAGUGGAGUA